AUGAAAGUCACCAAUCAUUUCCUUCAAGUAUGGGCUCUAGCCGAUAUCCUCCGGCAGCAGGGACCAAUCCCCAUAGCACACUGUGAAAGAGAGACUAUCUCGGCUAUAGAUACCUCCCCCAAAGACAACACACCCAUCCGAACAUCUUCGAAAAACCACUAUACGCCAGUGCGCACCUCUAAGGCCAACCCAGGUCAUUAUGGAAAGGAUAUUUAUCGAAGUGGAGGUCCAGAUUUCCAUAAUUUCAUCUCUUCUGGGUUUGUCACAUUAGGAAGAGGACACAACAAGGGUGACCAAGAGCAAAAUUAUAACCACCUGCUAUUAAGUACUGCAAACCAGACACCGUCACAUGAAAAACCACGGAUGAACAGUAUCCUCACCUCUGCUACAGAGCCCUAUGAUUUGUCCUUCUCCAGAUCUUUCCAGAACCUCUCGCACCUCCCUCCACCGUAUGAAUCUGCAAUUAAGACUAAUCCAAGUAAAUAUUCUUCUCUGAAGAGAUUAACUGACAAGGACGCAGAGGAAUAUUACUCUCGAAAGAGGCACCUUCCAGACUUAGCAGCAAGGGGUACCCUCCCUCUCAACGUCAUCCAGUUAUCCCAGAAACCAGUCGGCCAAAGGGAGCGGCCACGCCGUGUAAUGAGGGCCAUGUCCCAGGACCGGGUGUUGUCCCCAGAGAGAAUCAUGCCUGAGGACUUCAGUAUGUCUUAUGAGCAGAUCCUCUCAGAUGAACAGCUGUUGUCUACUGAGCGUCUUCAUUCCCAAGACCCUCUGCUUUCUCCAGAACACUCAAGUUUUGGAGAGCAGUCCAUGUCCCGAGCCUUGUCUCACUCAGAUGUCUUUGUUACAACACCUGUCUUGGAUCGCUACCGGAUGACUAAGAUGCACUCCCAUCCCAGUGCCUCAAAUAAUUUGUACAACACCUUGAGUAUGAACCAAACCUCAGCCAAGCGCCAAGCAUUUGCCUCCCGGCGACACAACACCGUGGAGCAGCUGCACUAUAUCCCAGGACACCAUCACCAUUACCGCACAGCUAGCAAGACAGAGGUGACUGUUUGA